ACCGAGUGUAGUUGAUUGACAGCAAAAUGUGAGUUGCUCUCAACCCUAAAAAUCUUUCCUUUUUCUCUGAGGACAAACAUGAAAAGAUAAGGGAGGUAACCCAGACACUGGCCUUUGAGAAGCAACUAGCUCAAAUCUAUAAAAGUGGAUUUUGGGGCCACAAACGAUGCUGGUGGUGAGGUGGUGGGGAAUUCUGUUAAUAUGGAGGGUGACCAGCAGGGAAGUUUUGUUGAAGUGAUAGCUCAACAAGAUGAGGAUGAUAAUUUGGAUCAAGAUUCUUCAGGAAGGGAAAUACUUCCUGGAGAUGAACCUUAUGUGGGUCAGGAGUUUGACUCUGAAGCUGCAGCUUACGCUUUUUAUAAGGCAUAUGCGAAGCGGGUAGGUUUCAUCAUUCGUGCAAGUAGGCUUUCUAGAUUGAAGGAUCAUAGAUCUGAAACUCGCAGGAUGCUGGUUUGUACCAGGGAGGGUUUUAGAUUGUGUGACAAGCAUGAAAGUGCUCUAGAAAACAAGGAAGAGAGAAAGGCUGGUUGCAAGGCAAAACUUGUAAUGAAGAAAAUGAUUUCUGGUAAAUGGGUUGUCCAGAAAUUUAUCAAGGAGCACAAUCACACUGUGGCUCCUGUAAAAGGUCAAAGAGAUUUGAUCUAUGAUCAAUAUCUGGAUGAACAUGAAAAGAUAAGGGAACUAACCCAGUCACUGGCCUUUGAGAAAAGACGAGCAACAACAUAUAAGAGGUAUCUGACAAUGGUUAUUGGUUAUAUUGAGGAGUAUAAUGAGAGGAUGUCGAAGACGAUGAACAAAGCCACUGAGAAUGUGGGAGAGAUUGAAGUCAAAGAACAUGAAAAUCAUUAGAUAGUUUCAAUACAAUUUGAAGAAGAUUUGUUUUUUUUAAUAUAUAAAUAAAACCCGGAAAUGGUAUGCAGAAUGCUGUUAUAGUUUGUUUGUUGUUGUUGUUUUUUUUUGGCAAAAGCAAAUUGUGAUUGUAAUGUUGGCAUAAAUUUGUUCCAAUCUUCAUUCCAGUUGUGGCGGUUAUACUACAUUUGUU